CUUGUGUAAUGACAAUAAAGUUAAAUCUAAUCUAAUCUAAUCUGAUUUUUAAAUCAGAUUAAAUUAAACCAUAGGCUACUGUCAGACCUCUUCGGGCGUGUUUAUGUCUUAUUUCUGACUGCUUGUUGGAUAAAUGAUCUAGAUUGGCGAAAUGUCUAGCUUCUAUAAGGUCUAUUUCUAUGUGCGGCCGCCCUGUUGCCAUGGUGAAGAAUCCUGCUACAAGCCUUGAUACCUCGGCGUCAUCGACGUGCGUAAACCAAAUUCUCCCGAGAUAAACAAGAGCAUUUAAAAGCUUUAAAUGUGUGAGGGGCCUUCAUCAAUAUCUGGACCGAUCCCCCCAGACCCGUCUCUGUUUCCUCAGUUCUACAAACGUCCUGCUUCAGCUCGUGGACGUUUAGAGGGAAACCAACAUGGCACUUUGGCCCUUCUCUCAGGGCCACUUGCUCCGGAUCCUGUGUUGCACCCAGGCUGCUACAGCGCGCGUUCAUCCUCCCGUCCUCCCAGAAUUGGUCUCAAUGCUACCCAUAUUCUGGAACGAGGACAGAAGGGGGUAGUGGGGGAACUUCUCAAACUAGAAGGUGUUUCAAUCACUCCUGUUCCCAAGCAAAGACAGCGAGCACCUGACUUUGGUAAAGAAAAUGUUCGUCGGCUCCGGGAGAUUCAGAGACGCUGCAAAGAACAGGAAGCUGAAAGAGCACAAUCUGGUCCAGUUCCAGUUAAGGCUCUGUGGACCUCUUCUAAAUACCAAAAUGUCCCAUCCAGGGUGAUGGUCCAAGUACAGGUUUCUACUCCAACUGUUAAACCACAGUGUCAAAACUUUCUGAAAGCUCACUCUACUGGUCCAUCUGCUGCCCCAACACGACCACACUCCAAAACCUCUUCUGCACGUGAUCCGGACUUGCAAUUAAAGGUGGAAGGUCAGAAUAUAGACUUCAUAAGACAUAAUGCCCGAGCUGCAGGAAAAACUGUGAUGCGUCGGUCCCAGUCCUUGGUGAGCCUAAGAGAUAAGCCUGUCCCUAGUGCAGUCAAGGGGCAGGUGCCUCAGUAUCUUCAGGAAAGGAAGGAGCAGUGGAGUAAAGAGGAGGCAGAGAGAAGGAGGAAUGCACCCGAUCCCACAAUCCCAGCUGGUCACAACCUGAUGCCUGAAACUGAGAGACGAGAAACACUGAAGUCUCUCAAAGAAACUCAUCGCUCGCUGGUGACUGAGCUGCUGUCGCUUCCUCUCAAAGCUGACAAUCUAAGUGUUCAAUCACGUCGGACUCAACUUGAUUGUAGGCUUUCUGAGGUCGAGGAGGCAAUUAAAAUAUUCUCAAGGGACAAAGUUUAUGUAAAAAUAGAUUCAUAGGCCAUCAGAAGAA